AGUUCCUUUCAUAAAUACAAGACAGAAGGGAAUCUCUCCUAAAGAAAUGGCGCCCGUCGUGUGGUCACAUGAUCCGUACGCGCCUGCGCCUCAAGCAUGUGCUCUUCCAGGUCAGGGGUGACCAAUAUGGCGGCUGGCGGUGGCCGCUGAUUCCGCUAUGUCUGCCCUUAGCCGGUAUGACCGGCACUGCGACUCCAUCAACUCCGACUACGGGGACUCGGUGCGGAGCUGCGGGGCGGAGCAGGAGGAGCUGCACUACAUCCCGAUCCGGGUGCUGGGACACGGGGCCUACGGCGAGGCCACCCUGUACCGGAGGACGGAGGAUGACUCCCUUGUGGUGUGGAAGGAGGUGGGCCUGGCCCGCUUGUCGGAGAAGGAGCGUCGCGAUGCCUUGAAUGAGAUCGUCAUCCUGUCCCUCCUCCAGCACGACAACAUUAUCGCUUAUUACAACCACUUCCUGGACAGUAACACGCUGCUCAUCGAGCUGGAGUACUGUAAUGGUGGGAAUCUGUUUGACAAGAUUGUGCGGCAGAAGGAGCAGCUGUUCCUGGAGGAGAUGGUUGUCUGGUAUCUGUUCCAAAUAGUCUCUGCAGUCAGCUGUAUCCACCGGGCCGGAAUCUUGCAUCGAGACAUUAAGACGUUGAACAUCUUCCUCACUAAAGCCAACCUGAUAAAGCUCGGGGACUACGGACUGGCCAAACAGCUCAACUCUGAGUUUUCAAUGGCAGAAACGUGUGUCGGCACCCUAUACUACAUGUCUCCAGAGCUGUGCCAGGGAGUGAAGUACAGCUUCAAGUCUGACAUCUGGGCUGUGGGCUGCGUGCUGUACGAGCUACUCACACUCACCCGCACAUUCGAUGCCACGAACCCGCUCAACCUGUGUGUGAAGAUCGUGCAAGGAAACUGGGCCAUGGAGCUCGACAACAGCGUCUACUCCCAGGAACUGAUAGAUGUAGUGCAGCUGUGUCUCCAGCAGGACCCGGAGAAAAGGCCGAGUGCGGAUGAGAUCCUGGAGCGGUCAUUGCUGAGCCGCCGUCGGAGGGAUAUGGAAGAACAAGUGUCUCUCCUGAACAAGUCCAGCAAGAGACCCAGGCCCGGCACGGUCACUGAAGCCCCGGUCGCGGUGGUCACAUCUCGAAGCAGUGAAGUUUACGUGUGGGGGGGUGGAAAAUCCACUCCUCAGAAGCUGGAUGUGUUUAAGGGGGGGUGGCGGGCGCGGCAGGUCUGUGCCGGAGACGCUCACUUUGCGGUGGUGACGGUGGAGAAGGAGCUGUACACCUGGGUGAACAUGCAGGGAGGAUCUAAGCUGAAUGGACAGCUGGGACAUGGCGACCGCGCCUCGUACCGACAGCCCAAACACGUGGAGAAGCUGCAGGGCAAAUCUGUCCAACAAGUCAGCUGUGGUGGAGACUUCACCAUGUGCAUCACCGAUGAGGGGCAGCUCUACUCCUUCGGCUCGGAUUACUAUGGCUGCCUCGGUGUGGGGCAGGGCUCGGAGGUCCUGGAGCCCGUCCUGGUGGAUUUCUUCCUGAAUGAGCCCAUUGAACAGGUGUCCUGCGGGGACAGUCAUGUCAUGGUCCUGACACGCAGCAAGUGUGUGUACUCGUGGGGCUGCGGGGAGUACGGGCGCCUGGGUCUGGACUCGGAGGACGACAUCUCCACCCCGCAGAAGGUGGAGGUGCAGCGUGGUCUGUGUAUCGUGAGCGUCAGUUGUGGCUCGGACGGCAGCUUCCUCCUCACACAGUCUGGUAAAGUUCUCGCAUGUGGCUUGAAUGAACACAACAAGCUGGGCCUAAACCAGUGCACGGCGGGCAUCAUUAACCACGAGGCUUAUCGUGAGGUCCCGUACACCACUUCACUGACACUCGCCAAGCAGCUCUCCUUCUAUAAAGUGCGCAACAUCUCGCCAGGAAAGACCCAUACAGCCGCCAUUGACGAACGUGGCCGUCUUCUGACGUUUGGGUCUAACAAGUGCGGUCAGCUGGGUGUGGGAGACUACCGCAAGCAUCUGGGCAUCAAUCUCCUUGGCGGCCCUCUUGGUGGGAAGCAGGUGAUCAGAGUGUCCUGUGGGGACGAGUUCACCAUCGCGGCCACAGACGAUAAUCACAUCUUCGCUUGGGGAAAUGGUGGAAAUGGUCGUCUGGCUAUGACACCCAACGAGCGGCCCCAGGGCUCGGACAUCUGCACCUCCUGGCCCCGCCCUAUCUUUGGCUCCUUACACCAUGUGACCGACCUCUCUUGCCAUGGCUGGCACACCAUCCUUAUUGUGGAGAAAGUUCUGAACUCGAAAACAAUUCGUUCUAACAGCAGUGGGCUCUCCAUCGGAACGCUUGCACAGAGCUGCUCAUCGCAAGGGUCCGCAGUGGGUGAAGGGGACAGUCCCAGUGAGUCCAUAUCCUCCGAGCCCAGUGAUGGCUUCCGGGGAACUAUAGAGGCGGAGCCAGAGAUGAGCCCAUUCAAUACCACCGGGAACAUGGAGAGCAGCGCGUGCCCCAGCUGGCUGCGACAGGAGCUGGAAGAGGCAGAGUUCAUCCCGAUGCCGGAUACGCCGGCCUUUCAGAGUAUGGAUUUCUCACAGGAUGCGUCUCCGCCAUUGGAGGAGCUGCAGACGACCUCCUCAGAUGCCCCAGCUGUGGCCCCUCAGCCCUGUGUGUGCAAUGCUCUGCAGGAGGAGGUGAGGAGGCUGCAGGCCCUGGUGGGCACCUGUAUGAGUGAGCAGGAGAGUCUGCGCAGGGACAACACUCGGCUGACGCUGCAGGUGCAGGAGCUGGAGGAGAAGCUGCAGGCGCUGGUGCAGCAGGGUCAGAUGGUCAGUAAACAAGGGGAGGUCAUCCAGGUGCUGCAGAGACAGGUGGCGCUUUGUAUGAAGGGCAUUUCCUCUGCUGGUGGCAGCACAGAGACUUCCAGAGAAGACUGUGAUGAGGGAUCGUGGUGUUUCUUGGGCGCAGACCCCUGCCGCGUGGCGUCUGGGACUUCAAUGUGAUCUGUGGAUUAACAGAGACUUGUCAGUGCCUUAUAUGAGCACAGUGCCCCCUAUGUGUCUGGUGUCAUGGAGAGCCCUGGAUGUGGGGAGGGGUAUUUUAUUGCCAGACUGGACGGUUUGUUCUGCACGGUGGCCCCUUUACUUUGCCAAAGAUGUACAGGCUGUGAGUGAAUGUGGAGCGCGGCUCCCCCCCGGCCGGCAGGCCACUGCAGUAUUGCGCCAUGCUUCCAGGCCUUCUCACACUAAAUGUGAAAUAAAACACUGUGUGAAGCUGAGCGGCGGAUGUCUUACUCCUGGAAGAAGUGGACGCGGCGGUCAGGAAUAGGUGAGGUUUAUGGCGUCACUUAAGCUGGGAAGGGUUUGGAUAGACGGGAGCCGACUCCUGCAAUAGCACCUCUUCUGGUUAUAUCUAACCAUAGGGAUGCGCCAAAAUUCUGGUAACCAAAAAUGGUGAUUUCAGUAUUUUGACAAAAGUAAAAUGAGCAACAUUGUAA